GUCACAACCCAAUUAAUCUCCCACAAAGCCCAGCCGUAGAUCUGAGAUGAUAAUGUUUAACUACAUCUCUACCGUCCAAUCUAGGGCUACAACUACCAAUUAUAUACCUUCUCUCGUUACAUCUGCUCUUCUUCUUGGCCUCAGACCAAACAACGAAUACCUUCGAAAAAAGAAGGAAAAAAUGGUGCAGAGGCUAACAUACAGGAAGCGCCACAGCUAUGCCACGAAAUCCAACCAGCAUCGGGUUGUCAAAACCCCCGGUGGGAAGCUUGUGUAUCAGACCACUAAGAAGAGGGCUAGUGGCCCCAAGUGCCCUGUGACUGGCAAGAGGAUCCAAGGGAUUCCUCACUUGAGACCUGCUGAGUAUAAGAGAUCAAGAUUGCCCAGAAAUCGGAGGACUGUGAAUCGUCCUUAUGGUGGAGUGUUGUCUGGUGUUGCUGUGAGAGAAAGGAUCAUUAGGGCUUUCUUGGUGGAAGAACAGAAGAUUGUGAAGAAGGUCUUGAAGAUUCAGAAAGCCAAGGAAAAGCUUGCUGCCAAGAGCUAGAGCUCGAGUUUCAUGAGAGACAUAAUUUUGGAUACGACAAUUGGAACUGUAUCAAGGUUUUUGAAGCGUAAUAUCUGUAUUUUUGUUGGGAUUGUUCGGAAUGUGACUUCGUUAAUUUUUCUUCAUUGUCAAUCAAAUGUCUGAUUUUAGGAUUUUGGAUCCUCAGCCCUCUGAUGCCCUUCGAAUUUGUUUGGACUUUUCUGAUUUAAAGUUUUACUUUUGUUAAAAUCAGAGUCGCUAUACUAAUUUAUGUUUUUGAUGUUCUCAUGCACAUGACGUGUGAUUUUUUUUUUUUUAAAAUGC